AUGGUGGAGGAUUUGGCGGAGGAUACGGCGGAGAUUUCGGCGGAGGAUACGGUGGAUACGGAGAUUAUGGUGGCAAUGGAGGUUAUGGUGGAAACGGAGGUUAUGGUGGAUACGAUGGAUACGGCCAAGGCCAAGGAUGGCGAUGAUGAUGAUGGCUGUGCUAGUGCAUUUGGUGUCGUGUUGUCUUGCCUGAUGGCUGUCACCUGGGCCAUGCCUGCCGCAGAGCUAUCGCCAAAAAAUCCUGCGGUGCUCCUGGUGCAGACUGAAGAUGACGGUGCCAACGAUUUGGUUGUCGCCGAAACGGCUCAAUUCGGAGGCUACGAUUACGGUGAUUUUGGUGGAGGCAUCGAUGUAAGCAUCAGUGGAGGAUUUGGCGGAGAUUUCGGCGGAGGAUACGGUGGAUACGGUGAUUAUGGAGGUUAUGGGGGAUACGACGGUUAUGGUGGUGGUGGAUAUGGUGGAUAUGGUCAUCGCCACCAUCAUCACCACCCCCGUUGGUGA